AUGGGCUUCACAAGUUUGUACUCUCUCUAUGGAAAAUCCAAGGUUCUGAAAUCAAUUAGUUUUUCCGCUCUCAACAGUAAAACUCUCGCAAUUGACGCUUCAAUGUGGUUAUACAGAGGUGCUUUAAAUAAUGCCCGGAAAUUCUUGGAGGAACCAACUACACCCAACUCUGAACAUAUAAUGUUUGUCAUCAAAAAAGUCAAACAAUUCAUCGACCGUAAUGUGAAUCCUAUUCUUGUUUUCGAUGGACAUCGUUUACCUAUUAAGUCACCGCGGAACCCAAUAAAAACUCUAGAAUACGCAAAGGAUCUUGACGCAUCAGCACAACUUAUGGCUCCCGAUGACCCUAAGAGAAAGGACAAAGAGAAGAAUGCUACUAAGAUCUUUCAAAGUCAUAUACACAUCACGCCUUAUGUGAUACAUGUUUUCAUUGAGGUUUAAAAAAAAAAAGUAUCCGAAUAUUGAGUUUAUCGUUGCUGCUCACAGCUUGUAUAUUUGGCUAAUAAUAAAGAUAAAAGCGUUUAUGCGGUUCUCACUAUUAACACUGACCUCAUACCAUUUAGAUGUUGAAGAGUAAGUUCUUUAAUACACUUAUCAAUUAUUAUUAUUUUAAAGGU